AUGCAUAAGAUUACAGACAGUAUUAAAGAAUUUUUAGACACCAAUUUUAAAACUGAAAAUUUAAAUAUAUGCGAUAUUGAUCGAGACUCUCCUACUUCACUUGCUGAUUCAUUUUAUAGAAAUACAGAUGUAAAUGAAAGUGUUAAAAUUACAAGAAAAAUUUUAGAGCAUAAAAACUUGGAUCCAAAUAUUUUUAUAAAAGGAAUUUCUAGACAUCUAAAGAAUCCUUUAUCUCCAAUUUAUGAGCAUUCAAUAAUUUUGACAGCUGCUUUAUUCAAAGACUCAUCUUUUAAUAUGCAAGGAUUUGGAGAGUUAGACAAGUUUAAAGAUUUAAUGCCCGUUGAAUGCUUUAAGAGUAAACAACAGGCAAAAAUAAAAAGUAAAUUUGAUUCUAAAAAGAAAAUAGAAAUUGAUAAAUUUAUUUUUGUGCAUAGAACACCAAUAAAUUAUUUACAAGAAGGAAUUAAAAUUAUUAAAGAGGAAAAUCGUGUAAGGUUAGAUGAGGUAUUUCAUAAGUUACCUUUACUUAUUAAUAAAGCUAGUGAUAGAUUAAUAAAAGCAAAAUACAAAGAAUAUUUUGACACAAUACUGUCUUAUGAUGGAUAUGAUUUAGUUAAAAGUGAUGGAUUAUACGCUCUUGUUAUUAAAUCAUUUGAUUGUAUCAUCGAUGAAGUUUUUAAUUACAUUUUUAGUGACGAUUUAUGUUUAAGAUUUAAAAUAUGCCUGACUGACGUUUUAAUUAAAGUUGUGGAAAAAGGCACUUCAGAUAAAAUUGGUAAAAUAUUAAUACUACUUUCAGAAAAGAUAAAUGAAAAAGAAAAGAAACUUAAUGAACUUAUACUUUAUAAUUUAAAGUAUCUAAUAGAAUUAUGCAUUUAUAAGCUCAUAUAA